UCAUAUUUUUGUUUGUAUUGUGUUGGUUGAUUGUCUGUUUUCAGCAAUUGAGAAACCAAACAAUAUUCUGUACAUGAAUGUAUCUUUCAGUGGAUCCAUUAUGUGCAAACCGAGAGUUUUAACAUCCAUCAUUUCAGUUCAUAUUGCUCUCACGGGGUGCUCAGUGAAACAGCCAUGUUGAGGAUAAGGACUGUUUGCUUCAGUGCAAAAGUUAAUUAUUAGACCCCUAAUGACCCCAUUGUACUCCCUAAUUCCAACAUUUCCCCAGACACCCUGAAUCAAGCCACCAUUCAAAAGCUGAAAACAUUAUUUGAUUAAUCAAUGUUAACCAUUCACGAGUUAAUCUUUCCAGUAUUUUCUUUUUGGAGAAAACAAAUAAAGAAUGUAAAUUAAUAAGUGUUUCUCAUUUUAAUGAUUAUCGGUCGUUUAUAAAUAGAUGGUUUAAAAUAAAGUUGAAAAAAGUCGGUAUUAUAACUUUCUAUCACAGCUAUGUUCAAUAAUCAUAACCAAGAAGCCAACGGAUUGUUUUUUUUAUUUAUUUUUUUUGUCAAAGUUGUCUGUAUAAACAUUCAAUGAUUGGUUAUCUUAUUUGUAAAAGAUCAGCAGAUUAUUGAAGUGUUCAGCAAAAUCGGAACUUUGACCUAUGACCAGGGCGCGCGGACGCGCAACGAUCAGAAGUCAGACUCCGGCUCAGUGUGCACGGAGCAGUGCGCAGCAGGGAUGGCCGAGUCCGGCGGGAUCCUGAUCACAGGCGGCACGGUGGUCAACGAGGACCGCUCUGUGGUCAGCGACGUCUACAUCCACGAUGGGAAAAUCGUGGAAGUUGGUGAGAACCUCCAGGUCCCGGCCGGGGCGCGCGUCAUAGACGCCGCUGGGAAACUGGUAAUCCCGGGAGGCAUCGACACGCACACGCACAUGGAGCUGGCGUUCAUGGGCACCAAGGCAGUGGAUGAUUUUCACAUCGGAACCAAGGCUGCCGUAGCCGGAGGGACCACGAUGAUCCUGGACUUUGUCAUCCCCCAAAAGGGCAAGUCCCUUCUGGAAGCCUACGAAUGUUGGCGCAAGACGGCCGACCCCAAAGUUUGCUGUGAUUACUCGCUGCAUGUGGCUGUCACAUGGUGGGGCGACAAGGUCAAGAAAGAGAUGGAGACUCUGGCCAAAGAGAAAGGAGUCAAUUCUUUUAAAAUGUUCAUGGCCUAUAAAGAUGUGUUUAUGCUGCAGGACUCUGAGUUAUACGCUGCCUUUGCACAGUGCAAAGACAUUGGUGCUAUAGCUCAGGUGCAUGCUGAGAACGGAGAUCUGAUUGCAGAGGGGGCUAAGAAGAUGUUGUCCUUGGGCAUCACGGGGCCCGAGGGUCAUGAGAUGUGUCGGCCGGAGGAGGUGGAGGCUGAGGCCACUCAGCGGGCCAUCACAAUCGCCCACGCUGUCAACUGCCCGCUCUACGUGGUCCAUGUCAUGAGCAAAUCUGCCGCCAAAGUGGUGUCCAAUGCACGCAGGGAUGGCCGUGUGGUUUUUGGGGAGCCAAUCGCAGCUGGGUUAGGCACUGACGGUUCCCACUACUGGCACAAGGAAUGGGCCCAUGCCGCUGGCUUUGUCAUGGGUCCUCCCCUUAGACCCGAUCCCAGCACCCCGGGGUAUCUUAUGGACCUACUGGCAAAUGAUGAUCUGAGCGUGACGGGAACGGACAAUUGCACCUUCUCUGUGUGCCAGAAGGCCCUGGGCAAAGACGACUUCACCAAGAUCCCAAAUGGAGUGAACGGUGUGGAGGACAGGAUGUCUGUCAUUUGGGAAAAAGGGGUGCACAGCGGAAAAAUGGACGAGAAUCGAUUUGUGGCUGUCACCAGCAGCAAUGCUGCGAAAAUCUUUAACAUCUACCCUCAGAAAGGCCGUAUUGCCAAAAACUCAGACGCUGAUGUGGUCAUAUGGGACCCCAAGAUGACGAGGAGAAUUUCAGCUAAGACGCACCACCAGGCUGUGGACUACAACAUCUUCGAAGGCAUGGAGUGCCACGGUGUCCCUGUGGUCACUAUUUCCAGAGGCAAAGUGGUCUAUGAGAACGGGCAGCUGCAGGUGUCACCGGGCCACGGCAGAUUUAUCCACAGACAGCCUUUUUCUGAAUUUGUUUACAAAAGAAUCAAGCAACGAGAGCAGGUGGGGAGACCUACAGCUGUGGACAGACAGCCCUACCGAGGCAAAGUCAUUUCUUUAUGAGCACCUGGCCCAGAACAGCAGGAGCCUCUGAAUGCCCGGCCGUGCGUCUGCCAUUGCUAUAAAACAAUUUUAUCAAAGAUA